CUGUCCCAAUCCACGCAUAUCAUUGGGCGCGUCAGAUCGGAACGCUUUCUUGCAUCGAAACCCGACGAAGAUCGGCGUAGACGAACAAUCAUUAUUGAAAAGAAGAAUGACUCAUAUGGUUUCACGCUACAGAGCUAUGGCAUACACUAUAAGAAGGAUCAGGAAGUAGAGAUGAUCACCUAUGUUGAUUACGUAGAAUACGAUGGACCUGCUUACAAGUCAGGUAUGCGUGAAGGCGAUGUCAUCUUAUCGAUAAAUGGCACAGAUAUGGAAAAGGCGGAUCACAAGACAAUUGUCGAUUUUAUAAAGAGCUGUGAUACGCGCAUGCGUAUGGUGGUACUCUUUGAAGACUGCGUGCGUAAGGUCGAUCUUCAUAUGCGCUACAUACAAUUGCAAAACCUAUUGCAUAGCAAAAUGAAUGAACUGGAGCGCAUUUGUUUGCGCGAACGCGAAUUACUUGAAGGUAAAUGGAAGACUCAUAGUUUGCCGGCACGCAAGAAAGCCACCACAUCGCCCACGGACGCUGAAAGCGGCCUUUCACCCACAGAUGGAGAUACGCAAAAUUUACCCUACUAUCGGCCGGCACUUUCCACUGAGGAUGUACCCAGCAUGGCCAGACAUCAGGCACAACAGCCAAUCAUACCACCACCAGCACAAUUUAUGCUCACCUAUCAUUACUUGGAUCCGACUUACCGCUAUGUUAUGAAACCCUCUACGUCCAAUAGCAGCGGCGAAUAUAUCGUGGGCUCUACCAGCGGCGCAGAUGGCAUACAACGUAGUCCUAGUGAACAGCAUUUUAUUCUGCGACAUACCGAAUCGCUUGAUACCGCAACGGGCAUGGCAAGUCUGUCGCAACGCAGUGUUUUAAGCCAACAACGUAGCGCUGCUAGCUCACAAGCACCCGUACCACCACCACGUACGUGUGAAAAACACAAACCACCGACUAAGCAACACUCAAUGGACCAACAGGCUUAUCAACAGCAACACCAACAGCAGCAGCAGCAGCAGCAGCAACAACAGCAAUCGAAAAUAGCAAGCAACGCACAAAAAAUGCACAAAUCAGCCAAACAUUGCUAUGGGCAUUCGUGCAAUCCUUGUAUUGGGCAUUUUCGAUGGAAGUCGGCGGAGAAAGCAGCUGCAAUGGGUGCUGCGGGCGCCGUUAUAGCCACUAGCGCUAGUGGUGGUAAUGGCAAUGGCGACAACGUCAGCUUAGACGCUUAUGAUUUGGCUAGUCCGUGCUGUGAUGCACAUUGCGUGCCGACACGACGACGAACGCGUCAUAAGGAACACACGCACAAGCAUAAACAUCGCGAUCGUGAGCGCGAUUCGAAGGAUCGUCAGCCGAGACCCAAGUCCCAGACAUCGCACGCAUCGCCUGGCACGACGCGUCAUCACACGCAUCAUCAUCACCAUCAUACAGCGCAAGAGAUGUUGCAGCAACAGCAACAACAGCAGCCACAACCGCAGCAGCCACAUCAUCAUCACCAUCACUUAUCGCCACAGCAGCAGCAUCAACUUCAGCAGCAACAGCAACAACAACAACAACACGGUGGCUGUGAUUCGCACAACGGCAGCAUACGUUCACGUUACUUUGAUUUGACAACGGGCUUGAUGAGCCAUUGCAGUCUACACUCCUGCACUUCGAGUGAAUUUGCGCCAGCAGACUCCAAUUCGUAUACAACAUCGCUUAGUACGGAUACCUUGUACUGGGAUCCAAAGAGUGAGCAUGCAGCAUCGCGUCAACCUUCGACCAAAUCUCGACAGUCGUACCAACAGCAAGGGCAACAGCAUGCACAACAAUCACAGCAGCAGCAGCAUCAGCAGCAAUCGCAACAGCCGUCUGCGCAUGUGCAUGGCAUCUAUCAGCAACGCUAUCACAUAACCGCCACGCAAGUGCAACCCUCACAGAUCUAUCCACAAGCCACCUACGUGCAGAAACCGAAAUCUUGGGAUAAUCUAACAACGAAAGCUGUCGGUGGCUAUGGCUUCGGCUAUGGUUAUCUGGAUACGGUGAGUGUGAAGCCUACAGUGAAAUUGCAAAUCGCACAACAACGUCACUCAAUACCGCGCAAGAACCCCUACGGUCGCUAUUCCACGUAUACAGACGUAGAGAAUUAUGCGCCACCACCCUCACAGUUUGUGGAAGAACUUAUUACUACUACAACUACCACGAAAAUAAUGGCUAAAUCGACGGAGGAGCUAAUUGCAGCACCAAUGCCACAAACACCUUGCGACUGUAUGACGAAACAGCAGCAACAGGCUCUAAAAGCCGCACAAUAUCAGGUGAAUCAGGCAGCGAAGGUAUCGCACCACAACAGUUGCCAAAUGGGCUACUACUCGCAUCUGCCGCGUCCGACAUUGGACGCAGGCACUUCGACUGUGCAGACGACAACAACAACAGGUAGUUCGGGAGAUGUUGCGACCGUGUCCGAAGUGACACGAUUGUAGGCCACGCUCGUUUAGGCCAAUCAAAUGGGAAAGCGAUAAUUGGUCUAAAUGAGUGUAGAGAAAUGUUGGAAAGUAAAGCUAAGCGUUUGAAGAUAGUUCACAACGAAAAGAAGUAAAAAGGGGUUUCGGCUGCCUUGAUUAAAUAAAUUAAAUAAAUAGGACUUAAAAUAUGCAAUUUCUAGCCGCCAAAGAUGCCCACCUGCCAAAAGGCACUAAUGAAGAAUUGUAUCUAACAUACCAGUGAACAAAAGUAUAACUAAAAUGGAUUGCACUUCCUCGGAGCGCGAUCGAGUAGCGUUGAAAGAGACAAAAAGAAAUUGCCACACAUGGUUGAACUAAUUUGUGCUAUUAAAUAGGAGAUUUGAGCAGACUUGAGAUAUGGAGUGGGAGUUAAUUGAUACUAUUGAGCUUUCAUAAUAGGAAAGGGGGAAAGGAACAGAAAAAAACCGGUUGAAAUGUAGCGAAAUACCCCUGCAGAAGAGCUAAAAGAGUGCACACAUUAGUUAAUAAGUUGAACUUGGUCUUGGAGAAUCGGAAGCUAAGUGUACUCUAUCCAAUACACGCUAAUGUUGUGGAGCUUUUCGAAACCUUUUACCCACAUUUUUGUGGAAAAGGCUGAUGUCCUGUUUUAUCAUUUAGACUUGGCAAAUACAAAAUAGACAACCCUCAGUUCCAUCGACCAUACCAGCAAACCUUUUACUGAAUCCACUGAAAAUAUUGUGUGGAUUCGGCAAAUCCUAAAAGUUGUCCUAUUCCUACUCUAGCUAUAGCACACACACAAACACAGCGUACUUAAACUUGGACACCAGACCGUAGUACCGUAGUACAUAGUCAGACAGUACAUGAUCUGUGGAGACAUUCGCUAGCUCCGUUCAAUUGCACCCUUCCAGCUUUAGAGAGUUACGGCUGCUUUCGGUUCAGUAUUACGUCUAAGUAUUGCUUAAGUACUUAGCCCCAGCGUCGUAUUGCCUAUGACAAGGAGAAAACCCCCGGUCAAUUUUGCCUGGAUUAACUCCCAGACCUUUCGCUUUGGUCCGCAGUUCAGGAAAUCUUAAUUCCCCCUACAUGAUAUCACACAGAGUCUAUGGGAAAUUUCUACCCACAACUACCGUAAGGUCGUCAGUAUACACAAAGAAGACAAACCAAACACAUUGAAAAUUAACACUUAGUUUUAAUCGCCAAGGCUGAACAAAUCAGCCUUCACAUCAGAAAAGGUACUAAAUUUGACAGCUCAGUCAACUAAAACCACAAUGCUCCCACAUCGAGACGGCACAAUCGAAAAUAUAAAAUGAUGAGCUGGAUGGUCUUUAUAAAGGAAUGAAAAUGACAGAGUGCAGAUGCAACCAGCAAAGUUUCUUGGACCCAGACCAAAUCGGAAAAAGGUGCUUGUGGCACGUAAAUAUUAUCAGCCUAACCAGAAAAAGUGUUAAUCACAUAUUUAUGAAACGGUCAUAUUGCUGGAAAAAAGUUGUAGACUUGAAGAAUAUGAAAAUUUUUAGAGAAUUUUUUUUCGUACUAAACCAGACGUGGAACCGAAUAAUUUUGUAUUUCGCUGGGGUCUGAAUAAGAUGCUGAAUAGAGAGAGUGUAGACAUCCAUACGCAGAGAUGGAAUAAGGUUAUUAAAUGUUUUGGCAUUAAACGAUAUAUCGGGUUAAAAUACCGAGAGCGUGGUGGGAGCUUUGUAAGACGACAACAUCGGUUUUCACAAGUUACAUAUGUACAGUGGUGGAAAGAUAAAUAGGGACCAUACAUUUUAACAAGAUUUAUAUAUUUUAUUUUUUUAUAAAAGUAUAGUUCAUUGCCUAACAGCAACCAUGUUAGUUCAAAUUUAAAAAUUUGUACAAAAAUUAGCAAAUUUGGUAUGCAGUUUUCUAGCACAUUAAAAUGCAAGUGUGAAGUUGCUAAAAAGCAGUGACGUGAACCGGUUUUGAACCGGAAAACCGCUUUUUUCUAUUAAUUAACUGAACCAU